AUGCGCAUCAAAAAAAAAUUCGAAUCCGGAGCUGCUACCAAUUAUAUCACUCGGGGACGAGCGUUGAAAAAACUGCAGUUGUCAUUGAAGGAUUUUCGUCGCCUUUGCAUUUUAAAAGGAGUUUAUCCUCAUGAACCGUUGCAUAAAAAGAAAGUUAACAAGGGGUCAACAGAAAAUCGAGUGUACUAUUAUGCUAAAGAUAUCAACUUUCUUGCUUCUGAACCAAUUAUUAGAAAAUUCCGGGAAUAUAAGAUAUUCUUGAGAAAGCUGACUACGGCAAAAGCGAAGCGAGAUGAAGAACGUAUCAAGAAAUUAUACGAAAAUCGUCCUGAAUAUCAACUGGAUCAUAUUGUGAAAGAAAGAUAUCCGACGUUCGAAUCAGCGCUGCGAGAUCUGGAUGAUGCGUUAUGUUUGCUGUUUGCUUUUGCAGUUUUGCCUCAUACAAAAAUUAUUACUAGCUCCUUAGUGGCUUCAUCUCGAAGGCUAACAGCAGAAUUCAAUCAUUAUAUCAUCGAAUCGAAUUCGCUGAAUAAGUUUUUGUUUCAAUUAAAGGGAUUUAUUAUGAAGCAGAAGUGA